AUGGAAUACCCCGACGAUCUAGACCUAGAAGGCAUGAACGCGCUGGACGAACUGACCGGCGAUGGCGCACCAUUUGAUCACACUGCAGCACCCAAGCUGUCCUCCGAGCUAGAAGAUCUCAUCCGAGCCACCAAAUACCAUACUCCAGCGAAUGGAACCCCCAAGCGCAAGUCGAGCAAGAUGGACUAUCUCUUCAAGAUCAGCCAUCCGAUCACCCCCACAAUCCUCGCAUCUGCCGCCAUCCUCCCAACCCAACCCAAAAUCCACCAAGGCCAAGGCGAAAACGGCGACGUACUAUUCUGUCAAGUCCACGACAUCGACGUCCCAACAAUCAAAGAAUGGCUCGCAACAACCUACCCCACCAUCUCACCAACCUUCAUCCCCAUCAACAUCGCACGCAAAACCCUCUCUCCAUUCUCCGCAUACCCAACUCUCGGCUACGACACCACACUACCCCAACAUCGCCCUCAAACCAUCAGGCCCUCCGACUACCAACCCGCACAAAACCAAUAUCCCGUAUGGUACUUCUUCUACGGCACCCUAGCCAAUCCCUCACAACUAGCCCACCUAUUCAACUCGCCACCAGACCAAAACCACACAUUACUCCCCGCUAUGAUACAUUCCGGAAAAAUCAGGACGUGGGCUGGCAAGUACAAAGCGCUGGUCGACAACCCUGGCACGUGCGUCGAGGGCUGUGCGUACCAAGUUAUGUCGCAGGAACAAGAAGAUGCGCUGAGGGUGUAUGAGACAGCGAAGUAUGAGGUUGUGAGGGUGGAGAUUAUGUGUCGGAUGGAUUUCCGAGCGAGGUUUGUGAGGGGGUUGACGUUUCGGUUUGCUGGGGAGGAGGGGGAGUUGGAUGAGGAUGAGGGGGAGUCGGACGAGAAGUCGGACGGAUACGAGUGA